AUGUGUGUCUCAGUCUCGCAAGUCUCUAGAUUCAGAAUCCAUUUAUUGGGAAGUCCUUGCUGUGAACGUGUCCAUGGAUGGCUCAAGAACAGCUCAAGCCCGAAGCUGCUUAACGUCAGAGCUUCCUCGGUCAAUGGUAAGAGCAGAUGGGUCAGACGAAACGUGAGUACAACCACACAAGGUAGUAGUAGUAGUAGGAGCAACACCAAGAGCAGUGUGCUGGGAGGAGCAGUUCCCGUUACCAGGAUUAUAGAUGCAGAGAACAACGCGACCAAGAUACAGCCCCGUGAGAAUCUUCAGCAACGUCUCGCUGAAAGCAAAGAUCUGUCCAAACUCAUCACGGUCAUAGUCUCUGAUCUUGAGACAACGGGGUUGAGUAGGGUAAAGGAACGGAUCAUCGAAAUCGCAGCUCAGGAUCUAGCUGGUGGUGAGAACAGCACGUUUCAGAGUCUGAUCAACCCAGGUGUUCCUAUAUUAAAUGCCAGCAUCCAUGGAAUCAGGAAUGAUAUGGUUUGUAGACCCGAGGUUCCAAGGAUGGAAGAGAUGAUACCGAUCUUUCUGCGGUAUGUUCAGAGUCGACAGAAGCCUGGAGGUUAUGUGAUGAUCGUUGCACACAACGGCAAAACAUUUGAUUUCCCGUUCUUGAUCAAUGAGUUUAACCGUUGCUCUUAUGACAUUCCUCAUAACUGGCUGUUUUUCGACUCGCUCCCACUUGCCAGAGAGAGCAUGAAGUCUGUUGAGGCAACAGUGAAGCCAAAAGCGUCAUUAUCAGCACUAGGGGAUUACUACAAUCUUUCAAGGGAUGGUCAAGCUCACAGAGCCUUGUCAGAUGUUUUACUCUUAUCUCAGGUGUUUCAGAGACUCACCAUUGAUCUCAAGCUCUCACUCCCUGAUCUUGUCCUCCGCUCUUAUACCGCAUCCGAUCUUACUACUGCCAUGGCAAAGAACAACAAGAAGGCCUGA